CGAAUUCGAGGGCAUUGGCACCUCAACCACGGGUAAGAGGGGCCUCUCUAUUGCUCACUUCCUGCCUUACCCAAGAUUAGCCUUAAGCUAGAUCCAUUGGAAGGAAAGUGCUGUUCGCUUGUAGCUGUAAGAUUCGCUACUCCCUCAACAAAAUUGCCGCCGGUUUCCGCUCCACUUUCCAUCCCCUUGCUGAUUUAUCAAUCUAUAAACUGAGCUCUCCGCUGACGAUCUCCUGAUUUUUGUAAUCUUCAUAACACAUUAAAUCUUCCAAAAUGGCCAACCUUCCUCCUGUCUACAUCGUCUCUACUGCUCGUACACCCAUCGGCUCUUUCCUCGGCUCUUUGUCGAGCCAGACCGCCGUUCAACUGGGAGCUGUCGCCAUCAAGGGUAAGAUUGAAUCGCGCAACGGCGAAUAACAAAAACAUUCAGUGUACUAAACACUGUUCACAGGAGCUGUCGAGCGUGCCGGUAUCAAGCCUGAGGAUGUCGACGAGGUCUUUUUUGGCAAUGUCCUCUCCGCUGGGUAGGUCUUUUGUUUUCUCUACCCCGCCAUCAUGAUCUCGAAAAUUGAGAUAACUGCGACCUCGUUGCUGACAUGAUUUGCCUCCAGCGUUGGACAGGGCCCUGCCCGCCAAUGUGCCCUCGGUGCAGGCCUUCCCCAGACUGUCAUCGCCACGACCGUGAACAAGGUCUGCGCUUCUUCGCUCAAGGCCAUCAUUCUUGGUGCUCAAAACAUUAUGCUCGGCACCUCCGACAUUGUCGUUGCUGGUGGAACCGAGUCCAUGUCCAACACUCCUCACUACCUCCCCAACCUCCGAAACGGCGCCAAGUACGGCGAUCAGACUCUCGUCGAUGGUGUUCUCAAGGACGGUUUGACCGACUCUUUCAAGAAGGACCACAUGGGUAUCUCUGCUGAGCUUUGUGUUCAGGACCAUGAGCUCACCCGUGAGGCCCAGGACGAGUACGCCAUCAACUCAUACAAGAAGGCUCAGGCUGCCACUGAGGCCGGUCUUUUCACCGAGAUCGUCCCCGUUGAGGUCCCCGGUGGUCGUGGCAAGCCCGCUAUCAAGGUUGAGCGUGACGAUGAGGUCAAGAACCUGAAUGUCGACAAGCUCAAGGCCAUGCGCCCAGCUUUCAAGCCUGACGGUACUGUCACUGCUCCUAACGCUGCUCCCAUCAACGAUGGUGCUGCCGCCGUUGUCCUCGUCUCCGAGGCUAAGCUCAAGGAGCUCAACCUCAAGCCUGUUGCCAAGAUCCUUGGUUGGGGUGAUGCUGAGCGUGAGCCUGAGCGUUUCACCAUCGCUCCCGCUCUGGCCAUUCCCAAGGCCAUCAAGCACGCUGGUUUGACCGCCGACCAGGUCGAGUACUACGAGAUCAACGAGGCCUUCUCCGCCGUUGCUCUCGCUAACAUGAAGAUCCUUGGUCUUAACCCUGACCAGGUUAAUGUCUACGGUGGUUCCGUUGCCAUCGGCCACCCUCUUGGAUGCUCUGGUGCCCGUAUUGUCACCACCCUUACCUCCGUCCUCAAGGAGAAGAAGGCCAAGAUUGGUGCCGUUGGUAUCUGCAACGGUGGUGGUGGUGCUUCUGCUAUGGUUAUCGAGAACCUGCAAUAAAAGGGGCGACUGGGAUAAUUGACGAUUUAGAUGACACAUUAAACAGGCAUGUGGUGCGAUGGAACGAAAAGUUUUGUCUUGCUGUAUCUGACACAUGAUGAUAUGGCCUACGAUAUCUGACUACUCCACGGUAUACCCUUACAUAGCCAUUUAGGAAGAGAUAUAAAUACCAUUUUUAAUUCACAGGAGACCAACUCAAGGCAUGACUUUUGAUAUGAUGACAUUAACUGUAUAACUUCGAUACUGCUAUCAAUCAUGACGUGC